UCUCGUCGGCGCGACGACUCAUUUCAUGGCCAAAACCAUGUCGCGAAGAGGCAUUACAUAACGCCGCGAGGACGAGGCUCGCUCGCCGCUCCAGUCGUCCUGCGCGCUGAGUGGAUGAUCGGGCUGCUCACGAGGUGAUCUCCUCCAUGGCUACUUUGAUGGAGAGCAUUCUUCCAUCUGCUUCUCAGCGUCCCUGCCGCGACCAUUCGUGUCUGCGUCCCAUAUAAAAUGUGGAGGUCUGCGCGUCGCGUACGGCCUCAUCCAGCUCGCUGCUCUGGUCGGUGCAGCUCCAUCGAGCGUGCCCGCCAGCAGCCUGGGCAGCGCAGUGUCCAGCGAGUCAAGCGCGACGCCUAGUCUCAGCUCGGUGCUAUCCUCGCUUAGUUCUUCUGCCCCGUCGUCUGUCGCGUCGUCAGUUCCCGCGUCGCCCCCUCCCACGUCGUCCGCGCCCGCGUCGGUGUCCGCUCUCUCGUCCUCUACCCUGUCUCUCUCGUCUGCGUCGUCGAUUGCCUCACCUUCUUCCCUGUCACUCUCAGUCGUGUCGUCGGCUGCUUCUUCCCUGUCGUUCUCGACGGCGGCGUCGGCGUCCAUCACCCCAUCCUCCGCGCUGUCUUCUGUGGCGUCUUCCGGCUCGAUCGACAGCACCUCCGCGUUGAGCUCUUUACCGACGUCGUUCUCAGCCUCGUCCGCCGCAUCGGUCAAUGCCUCGCUUUCGACGUCAUUUGUCUCCGCGCCCACAGGCUCUCCCACAUUCAACACGGGCUCGGGCACAGAGACCGGCCCCAUCACCAUCCCUAUCUCGCCAGUGCCAUUCACACCGUUCCCUGUACCCUCCGACACGCCCGUCCCUGGCACCUUCAUCGAGACAGACCCCUCAAACCCACCUGCCCCCGACCAAGCGCCCGGUCUCGGAGGCCCGCUUCCUGAUUUUGGACAGGCAUGGGAGACGGCGCAUGCGAAGGCCACAGCCGCGCUAGCGUCCUUCUCGCUUGAGGAGAAGGUGAACCUGACCACUGGUGUGGGCUGGAUGGGCGGACGCUGCGUCGGUAACAUUCCGGCCAUCGCUGGCAAGUUCCCCGGCCUCUGUCUCGAAGACUCUCCCCUUGGUGUUCGUGACACAGACUUCGUUACUGCGUUUCCUACCGGAAUCACUGCGGCUUCGACAUGGAACCGUACCUUGAUUCGUCUCCGUGGUUUGUUCAUGGGUCGCGAACACAAGGGAAAGGGUGUCAAUGUCGCUCUUGGUCCGAUGAUGAACUUGGGUCGUGUUGCUCAAGGCGGCCGCAAUUGGGAAGGUUUCGGCGCAGAACCAUUCCUCGCUGGUGAGACCGCGUAUGAGACUAUUCUCGGCAUGCAGGACGGUGGCGUCCAGGCCUGUGCCAAGCAUUACAUCAACAACGAGCAAGAGUUCGAUCGUACUCAGGAGUCCUCGAACGUUGACGACAGGACGCAACAUGAACUUUAUGCUCAUCCGUUCAUGCGUAGUGUCAUGGCUGGCGUUGCCGCGGUAAUGUGCAGUUACAAUCUGGUUAACGAUACCUAUGCAUGCGAGAACGACAAGACCCUCAACGACAUCCUCAAGCGCGAGUUCGGUUUCCAGGGCUAUGUGAUGUCAGAUUGGAGUGCUCAGCACUCAACCAUGAGCGCAGUCGCUGGUCUCGACAUGACCAUGCCUGGAGACAUCUCCUUCGGCUCGGGUACCUCGUGGUUCGGUCAGAAUUUGACGGACUUCGUUCUUAACGGGACUAUUGCUGAGUCCCGCGUUGAUGAUAUGGCUUCUCGUAUCCUCGCGUCUUGGUAUUUGCUUGAUCAAGACAGCCCGGACUACCCUUCAGUUAACUUCAAUGCAUUCUUCCCUCUUGACGAAGCUACAAACGAGCAUGUUGACGUCCAAGACGAUCAUUUCGAGGUCGUCCGGGAGAUUGGCGCUGCUGGUGCCGUCCUGCUGAAGAACGACGGUGCACUGCCCCUGCUCAAGCCACGCACCCUCAUUGUUAUCGGUAACGACUCUGGCCCGUCCCUGUACGGACCUAACGGCUUCACCGACCGCGGUGGUGAUGACGGCAUCCUUGCCAUGGGCUGGGGAUCUGGAACUGCGCAGUUCCCGUACCUGAUCGACCCGCUGUCUGCCAUCCAGACGCGUGCUAUCAAGGAUCACACGAGUGUCACCUGGUGGAGGAGUAACUGGGAGCUUGGAGGUCUUGCUAGUGCCGUGCUAGAGCAGUCGGUCGCUAUUGUUUUCGUCAACGCCGACUCUGGAGAGGGUUAUAUCACUGUCGACGGCAAUGCAGGCGACCGCAAGAACCUGACCCUCUGGGGCAAUGCGGACGACCUCAUCACCACUGUCGCCAACAACAAUAACAACACGAUUGUCGUAGCACACUCUGUUGGACCAGCCAUCGUUGAGGCUUGGAUUGACCACCCCAACGUUACCGCCCUGAUCUGGGCUAACGUACCCGGCCAGGAGGCUGGCAACUCGAUCGUUGAUGUCCUCUAUGGAGACUACAACCCCUCUGGACGCCUGCCCUACACUAUCGCGAAGAGCCCAUCCGACUAUCCCACUCAGCUGAUUACGAACCCAGAUCCCAGCGUUAUUAUAAGCAUCCCGUACACUGAAGGCCUCUUCAUCGACUACCGCUACUUUGAUGCUAAUAAUAUCGAGCCACGCUUCGAGUUCGGCUUCGGCUUAAGUUACACCACGUUCAAGUAUUCGAAUGUUUGGGCCGCCGUCAUCCCGCAGCCGGACUCUGACUCGGUCGCUCUCGAGCAAGCCUGGUUGGCUGGUCAGGCAACGCCCAUCGCUGAUGGCUCCACCACUGCCCUCUGGCUCCACCGUCCGUUCAUUAAGGUCACUUUCGAUAUCCAGAACACCGGGUCUGUCGCCGGUGGCGAGAUCCCCCAGUUGUAUAUCCACCAUCCCGCCUCCGCGGGUGAGCCGCCAUCAUUGCUCAAGGGUUUCACCGAUAUUCGCCUCAACCAGGGCGAGACGAAGACAGUGACUCUAACGCUGUCGCGCUAUGACCUCUCGAUCUGGGACGUUGUCGCACAAGGCUGGGUCAAGCCUCAGGGCAGGAUCACGUUCUCGGUGGGCGCGAGCAGCAGAGACUUUAGGCUCGAAGGUACCAUCCCUCUUUGAGCCCAUUAAAAUUUUGGACCCUGUAAAAUCUGGAUUUUUGACUCUUUGAAGACCAUUAACCCUAAAAUUAGGACUGGUUCAGGGCGAACUUGACAAUUCACUCCUUCGGACUACGUAGUAGAGUCAUCGUCUGUGUCGCAUGUGUAGAUACCCACGAGACCAUGGACUACAUAUGAUAAGUUUUUGUUUUCUGC